AUGUCUGGCCUCCCCGACCGCGUCACGCCCAUGCCCCAGUCGAUGUACGAGGAGAUCUACGGUGCGCAAUUCGCUCGAGAUGUAGUACACGGACAAUCACUGAGGCUGUUUUCUGGGACUAUCCCUCGCAGGAAGCUCGCUUGUUGCGUGCCAGGUCAUGCUCGUGCUGUAUGGGAUCGCGAGUUUGCAGGCAUACGUCUACUACAUCACCUACCCCCGGGACCCACUGCAUAUGAAAGCACUGGUACGCAACCUACGCAACCCUACUCGAGCAUGCUUCAAACCAGGUUGGUUUUAUAUGAAAUCGACGUGUGUGGUCUACAGAUCGGCGGGAUCUGGGGGCUCGCAACCCUCCACGCAGGCUUUCUUUCGCACACCGUCUACCACUACUCCGUGAGCACCCCCACUCUCCGCGCGACAUCGAGCCUGUAA